UCAGACAGCUGCUUCGGCUCCCAGUCCAAAUAUAAGAGGUGACACCGUUGCUUGACGAGCAUCCGGAUCAUUUUCUGCUCUUAACAGACACCAGAGACAAGCUAAAGCAUGAUGCGGCGGCUUCCGACUGUCAUGGCCUUCUCCGUCCUGGCCCUCGCUGCGCCCAAACCUCAAGUUACCCUGGCUGACCGAACUAUGGGACUCGCUGUGCUCAUGUUUGCCUUGCGUUGGAGGCUGGAAUACCUGCUGAACCAAUUGAAGAAGAGUGGCGACGACGAGCAGAAACGCGACGAAUCGAUGAAAAUGAUCGAAUACCUGCGCAAGGAGAUCAAAUAUCAGGUCAACGUGUUUUUGCAGCGUACGAGCGCCCCGGCCACUUCGAGCAGUGUGAGCGACGACGCCAAGGCCUAAUGUGAUCGGUGGCCGUACUCUCAAUAACUGCGGAGGGAUCGCCCGAGCAAACAUUCGUGGUUCGGGACGAAGCCAUCAAAAACAUCACGUGCACGAGAUCAUCGAGAAUCGACUCCGAUAUUGAGAGCCUAGUCUAAUCAAUGUGAGCCGAACCAACCCUCCAUCUUCCCCCACUCUCCACACCAAACGUGCCGCUAAGUGAGCCAGGCGUGCGGAGCAAUGAAGUACAUAACAACAUCAAGGAGAAACAACUCAAGCAGAUCACGAAUAGCAAUUACAACUGGUUCAAAAUCAUCAGGCUAGAACACACGGCACAAGUCAUCAUGAGUCACGAUAGAUGACUUACUUAGGGUGAAACCUGAAAGGAAUCUCGUUGCGUGUCGGAAACAGCAAACAAAGUGCUUCUUAGCAUCUGCAACGGAGUAUGUAAUCAAAUUUCACGUGACAUCCUCAAAGCCUGGCCGAGAGGAAAAAAAAUAAACUCCUCCAAAAUCAGUUGUCUGGCUAAGCGUGGCAGUUUCUUUGUGUCUGUACAAUUAUAUUCUAGGACAGGACUGGUUUGCUCAAAACGAAGUAAGGCGCCUUUAAUUAGUCUUUUUUUUUUUAAUUUAACGGGCCACUAACAACUCCAACAUCGAUAUCUUCUUUAUUGUUUGAAACACUUCAAAGGCGCGUGAUAUAACCCCUAAAAUAUUCAUCGCAACAAAAAAAGUUUUUCACCUGCAGAAAAAAAAAAUAAUAAAAGUAAUAUGCUAAGAGUCCAGGUAGUCUUCCCCAAUUCGAAUUCCUCGGUUUUUGUUUGUUUUUUGUAUGUUUUUUUAAUGACGUUGUAGACGGGGGCACUUUUUAGAAAUUUUGAGACGUCGGAAGUUGUAUGUUUGUUACAAUGAAUAUCGACGUUACAAAGAAACUCCACUUUAUUUAUUUUUUUGUUUUUGUUGUUGUUGUUUGUUUUUU